CGUGGUGCGUCGCCUUCACGUUCAGCGGGUAGAUACGACAUGGAUCAAGUAACAUCCAAGAUCAUCGUCGAACGACCAUUGGGUAGGAAAAAGUGAAUCUGCGAGAUGAAAGGAGCAGCAUACUUAAGAGCAAAGCGAGGCAGCUAUGGUGAACCCUGCUCUUCGUACACCUGUAGAUCAUUGCCUCCCUACCUCCUCAUCUUCCACCUUGGAUCCCCAUCUCCAUCAUGCGACUCACCGUUGCCACUGUCGCCCUUGCCCUUCUGGCCUCCUCGAGUAGUCUACUAGGAGUCUCUGCAGCAGCUGUGGGCUCUCAAGGUAAUAUUGCUCUCCAAAGUUCGGUUCAACUCGAUCAAGCCCGCAUCCUCCUGCGCGGCGAGUAUCACUUCUGCAGGCGAUGGCUCGGUCCCCGUGAGCCAAAGACCAGCUUGAUCACGGUAGUCUCGACCCGCACUGUCAAUGGUCCCAAGACCAUGUCAACAGUCACGCCUACGAGCACCGUGACGCAGACUGAGACUGUCAACACCGAAGUCACCAUCACCAAGACUAGUCUCGAAACGAGCUACAUCACCGAUGUGGAUUAUGCAGCCACAACGACGAGUUACGAAGGCAGCUUUGUUGCCCAGAAGCGCUCCAUUACCAAGCCCAAGAAAGUCAGGUAUUAUCCGGAUCAUCUCCUAACUGAAGCCUGCCUCGAACUCCUCUACGGUACGACGCGGUACACCAAGAUUGUCACGAAGACCAAGACUUCCACCCUCCCUGGACGAGUUUACAAGAGUACUGCGAAAGCCGCCACUUCUACAGCCUCUGCCGCACUCACCGUCACAGACACUGCCACAUCGCAGACUACGACCACUGCCACUGCGACAACGACGGUAAAGGACCCUUCAACCUCGACCGUCGUUCUUCCAGAGCCUACACCGGACCAAAGCUGCGGUAACGCAGGUAUGCAGUGGGCCUACUGGUACGAACAAGUAGACCCAACUCAAACUUGUGAGGGCAAUGUGCUCGAUACCGACUACGUCAGCUCAACGACGCCCCUUGCGGAGGGUACCGCUGUUGACUUUGCUUAUCAAUACACGGACUCAUGGAACGAGAAGUACUGGUACCCUUAUGACUCCAAUCAACAGCUUUCAAGUGCUUACUUCCUGGUCGGGGCCAAGUCAUACCUCUUCGCUCCCUUGACUGGAACUUACACCUUUGCUCUAUCCAAUUCCGACGACGUCGUGGCAGUCUGGGUCGGUGACGAUGCCUACAGCGGUUACACCUUUGACAAUGCCGGCACCUACGGCCGAUGGUGUACUACGGACAAUCCCGCACCUUACACGGUGACGCUUCAGGCGGGCGAGUACUACCCGCUUCGUAUUCUUUGGCGAAACGCCUACGGGCCUGGAACCUACACCCUGACUGUGACGGACCCUACUGGCACCAAGAUUGCCGGUGGAUCCCAGGACAGCAACCCUUUCCUAGUCCAACAAUCUUGCGACGGGACCAGCGCUCCCCCUUUCCCUGCCUGGGGAAAUGAGGCUUCUUAAUCUCCUCCAUCAGAUGUUUCUGCGCGGACUUGUCGCCUUUCUUGGGCGGUAGCUGUCCCGUUUGACCUGCACCACUCGUCACCCAUUCCGCCGCAUAUUCGAGUCGAAUUCGAGGGCGGCCCAAGCUAUUGAUUGAGCACCAGGCCGGCGCUUGUCUCUUGCGCGUCAAAUCUUCCUACUGUCACCUUCUUUCUUCUGCUUCACUCCUCACU